AUGGCAAUAAAUAAUAUUACCAACUGUCAUUCUCAUCUGGUUGCGCCAGGCGAUCUUUGAGAACUUUAUUUUUGAUUAUUUUCCCUUUAUUGUUUGCUUUAGCAAAUUGUUGAUUGCUUAUAAACGCGCCUUGGUCGUAAAAGUACAAAAUACAAAUGUCGGUGAUGGAAUUUCUGAAGGAUUUGCCGUCGUAUGACGAGCACAACUUCACACUGUUCAACACGGAUCAUGGCAUUAGGAACUGUUCAAAGAGACCUUCAAUAUACCUACCUACUAAGGAUAUACCCUCGGAACAGAUUAUUGUGACAGAGAAGACAAACAUCCUCCUUAGAUACCUACAUCAGCAAUGGGAGAAAAAGAACAAUAACUCACCUAAGAAGCGUGACCAAACUCACAUUGAGCAGAACGGUGAUGAGAGCCGGCCACGCAAGAGGCCCUGUCUCAACCUCUCUCUAAACUGAACCCAGUCUCGUUCCUCGCUUGUGUUGGACUUUACAGUGUAUGGCAUUUUGUAUUUACCUUUAUACAACAUUUUUAGGUCGAUAUAUUCAAUACAUCUUGAACUACAAAAGCAAUUUUGUCAGUGGAGUGCCAUUUCUCGAAAGCAAUUUGAUGUAUUCGGAGGUUUAUUUAUUUUUGAUGCUUUGGUAGACAUUAUGAUAUACCUAUUUGUUUGUUUAUGACAUCUAAUAACUGUUAGACCAGCUAGUGAAUUCAGAAUUGAAGUUAGAAAGAUUAAUUCUUAUAAGUAGUGACACAAAAGCAAUAAUUGAAUGAGGUUUUCAUGAUAGGGAGCCUCAUGUCAAAUCUGCAGUAUCAAAUAUAUAUUUCUGUAUUCAAUAAAUGUGCCUACUCCAUGUAGAAUUUGCAUUGUAAAUGCAGGUGCAAAAAUCCCAAUUACUAGAUUUUGUUAGUUGUAAAAGAAAUCUGGAAUAUAAUUCAUUCCAUUUAUCAUUUAAGUUUCAGAUGGCAUCUAACUUGUAAAUGUAAGUUUUUUGAAUGUGACGGUUUUUUUUACUAUUGUUUUAAUUGUCUACCAAGGGAUAGGUUUAAUGGAGGGGCAAUAAAGUAAAUAAUGGAUGUCCAUUAUUAUACUUUUAUCUCUAUUCAUUUGUUUACAUAAGAGUAAACAAUUUGUAUAUUUAAUCACUGACUGUUCAGUGAAAAGGAUAAAUUGCCAUGUACAAUAUAAAUACAACACCAUAUCAUAAUAUUUUUUAUCACAAAUUUUAUAAAUAGCAAAUUAAUAGGAUACAUGCCUACUUAUGUAUGUAGUGUACUACAUACAAAUCAAUCAAACUUAAACAUAGCUUUUCAGUCUCGAUUGUUUAAUAAUUGAUUACUCCUAAUAAUUCUCCAUUUUUUCAAUUACAAAUCUUAUGCAUGAAUACACUUGGCUUUGUCAUCAAAAGGUAACUUUUGUUAUCAAACAAUUUUAUCCUUCCUUUAUGAUAUGACACUUUAAUAUCUACAGAAUAAAUUUAAUUUUAAAAUG